CUCCAGAUAUGAAAUACACAUUCAUCAGAUUUCUUAGAUCUAGGGUCACAAUUCAAAUCCGAAACACCAUUCUACAGAUCUUCAAUUGGCCUUAGAUUUUUCGAAAUUGAUUAUGAAACUCAACUCUAGAGAUCUUAUAUUCAUGUUUCAUAUAAGUAUUUGCUCCGUGAUACUCCGCAUACAUUUUACUAUUUUUGAAACUAGUGUUUUUUUUCCAGUUUUAUUAAAAUAUUAGGAUCACACCUUCGUUGUAAUGUCAUACGUGUAUUUCGUAUUUGAUGUAUCUCCGUCCUCAAAUUAAGAGCAGUGAGUUUAGGGAUUGACAGUACAAUGAAUACCGAGCAACCAAAGAAGACCAAUGACAUCAGUGACACCCUAAAGAUUGAUCUCUUUGAAGAUGAUGACGAGUUUGAAGAGUUUAACCUCGAUGAAAGUGAAGAUGGGAUGAAAGACGAGGAAAAAGUUGUACCACAGCAAAACCAGUGGGAAGAUGAUUGGGAUGAUGAUGACGUCACUGAUGACUUCUCCAUGCAUCUCAGGAAGGAAUUGGAAAACAACAACACUGAGAAGUCGAAGAACCAAGUUGGUGUCCCCAUUUCCUAAUGACAUUGUGCACCCAAACAAGUCUAUGAAUGUUUGUCCUCAGACUUCUUGUUCAUUUAUGUUUGGUUUAAUGAAAGAUCCAACUUUUUUCUUCUCAAUCGAAUUCUACAUUUUUCUAGCUUUCUGCCCAAAGAAGUGCCUUUGUUAUUCUAGGUACUCUCACCUUCUCCACACCUCAUUUGUGGGAUUUUAUUGGGCAUUUGUUUGACGAAAAAAAGUCUCGUGUUCUAUUCAUUUGAGACUUGGUCCUAUGAGUUUGCGUCAACAAUUCAAGAGUGUAAUGUACUGUUGCUCACCGCCUUCUUCCUUAUCUAUUCUUCACUGCCUUCUUCGUUCUCCAAUCUUCUCCUCCACUCUGUGUCUUUCGACAAAUGCAUCACUCUCUCGCACUCUUCUGCAUUCUGUUCUUCCGACGUCGAGGCAUUCUUUGUUCCAGCUUUCUCAGUAUCAGU